CGACCGAGAGCGUUACGCAAGAGCAUCGCACGGAUGCUACCUCUACCGCAGCAUCGCGGGGAAGCCGCAGACAGCUCGGAGGGCGCCAGGCUGGCAGGUGACAGCCAGCCCGCAGCGGCAGCCGCCCCCAGGUCUCUUUCUUGACACCCCUGGAAGCUGAGGAUGGAUAUGAAGCGUGUGAAGGACUAUAUCUAUUGGCUGUACUUCCAGUACCUCCUGAUCACCUGCAGCUACGUGCUGGAGCCCUGGGAGAGGUCCAUGUUCCACACCAUCACCAUGACUGUCUUCGCUAUGGUGGUGUACACAGCUUACGUCUUCGUCCCCAUCCACCUCCGCCUGGCAUUUGAGUUCUUCUCCCAGAUCCUUGGAGGCCAGCCCGAGGGCACAGUUUCCAUGGUGAACUGAACCCACCUGAGCAGUGGCCAGCAGCUCUGGCAGCUUGGGAAAUGCAACAGCUCCUCCAACUUCGAGUGUCUCUCUGGCAGCUGCUUGGCUGCUCUGACAACCCCACCUGCUCCUCCAGCACCAGGCUUGCUCCUCCAGCAUGGCUGAGCACUGACUGCUGCCUGCACAGACCCCGGGCAGUGAUGCACAGCCCAGCUUUAGCUGUGUGAUAUGGAACACAUCACCUGGAAUGCCACCUAAUUACUCAAUGUUCAACCAACUUCUGCUUUCAGCACCCUCAUCUGACCCCACUGGCAUGUGUGAAACAGCAAAGGCUCUGUGUGAUGGCUGUGAGGAGAGGUCCUACGCUCAGGAUACACAAAGAAGCUCUGCCAAGAGGGUGCUUUGACAAAAGGCAUCAUGGUUUUGACUCAGGUUAGAGAAAAUCAGAAGAGGAGUAAAACACAUCAUGCUUUGAGUGCUGGUAGCUGACUGGGUCUUGAUGUCUGGUUCUUGGUGGAUGGGGAAGGAAAUUAGAAGCAAAAGUAACAGGAGUAGGAACGUGAAGCCAACUUUUUGCAUCCAGAUUGCCCCAUCUGAGCUUAGAUUCACAGAAUGAGCAUAGAAUCACAGAAUGCUUUCAGUUGGAAGGGACCUUUCAAGCUACCUAGUCCAACUCCCCCCUCCCCCCCCCCUAGUCAGCAGGGGCAUCUUCAAGUAGAUCAGGUUGCUCACAGCCCCAUCCAACCUGACCUGAAAUGGUUCUAGGGAAUAGACUUCUGCCAUCUCUGUGUUCAACCUGUGCCAGGGUCUCAGCACCCUCAGCAUAAAAAGUUUCUCUGCCCUGGGCAGCCUGACAACCCUUUGGGGGAGGAACUUGUUCCUCAUGGAUGUUCCUCUUUGGGCCCCUUCCAACCUCUGACAUCCUGUGAUGUCCAAACUAAAUCUCCCUUGAUGCAACCUGAGGCUGUUGCCUCUCACCCUGUCACUUGUUCCUUGGGAGAGAAGACUAAGCCCAAUCUGGCUCCAGCCUCCUUUCAGGGAGUUGUAUGGAGCCAGAAGGUCUCUCAGGCUCCUUUCCCCCUGGCUGAACAACUCCCAGGUCCCUCACUGACAGCCACCACCCCCAGCAUAAAACAUUUUUUCCUUUAGUCUGGAUCUCCCUUUCAGGUUAAAUAUAUCACCCUUGUCCUGUCCCAGCAGGCCCUGCUAAAAAGAUUGUCCCCAUCAAAACUGGUCCACCCAAGAUAAAAACCCAGCCUAGAAAGAGCCUUGCAGUUCACUGCAGCUGACAGGAACAGACUUGGCUCUGUUUCAGUGUACUCCUGAUGAAAACCAAGAGCUCUUCUGCCUGCUCCCAUUCACCAGGGCAAGCACCAGAGGCUGAAGAUCUAGAACUGGGAGUGUGGAAGCAACAUCUGCCUGAGUGCAGGGAAGUCAGCAUGCUUGGAGAGAGCUCCUUGGUAGCCAAGACAUUUGACUGCCUUUGGGGAGCUUCUUGAACAAGGCUUUGGUUGUCACUCUACACCCAGAGCAGAUGUUAAAGCCAAAGCAUGAAGCACAGCUCUCCAGUGUAUGUAUCUUAAAGCUGGUGCUGCUGCUGAUAGAAGGGAGAGGUGCAAAAUGGAAAUAGCUUUUCAAUGAUGUCUGCACAGCUGUAGGAGUAAAGAUGCAUCUAAACCUCUUUGUCAAGCUGCAGUGGGGUCCUGCAUGCUUAAAAGGCAGCUGAGUUGGAAGCACAGGCAUGUUUUGAAGGUUGAAAAGAUCUGAACAUGCAUCUGCAGGGCUUUUCCAGAGAAAAUAAAAGUUUUCUUCUUCAGAAACAA